ACUCUAUCAAUCAGUGCCUAUAACAUGCACACACCUACAUCGAAGUAAAGGUUUAAAACAGUUUCAGAAAAAUUUCCAUUUACACUUAAAUAUUUCGGCUUGUUUUGAAUAUCAACAGAUUUCCAACAUAUAACACUGCUUUAUCGCGGGGUUUGCUUCAAUAAACCCAUCUCAGGAUAGGUCAACAUGUCGUCAACAAAACCAUCCCAUGAUCCCGACCCGCAGGCGAGUUCGCGAGACUGUCAGGGAUUGCAGGAUCUGGAGGAGCUGUAUCCCAUCGAUAAGGCGACGCCCAGUCAGUCGAUGAGUUCCUCCUGGCGCGUCAUGGACCAGGAGUUGGAGGAGGGAAUGGGUGAGCUGCAGCGCAUGUUCGAUCGUCUGGCAGUGCCACCAUCUCCGGGAAGAGAACAGCCCACCCAUGGUCGUCGCAAUCUCAACAGAUCCAAUUCGAUAUUCUACGGCUCGAGGGAGAGCCCACUGCCGGCGGGCAAAAGAUCAAGGGGACAGAUUAAGAAGACCCAUACACGUAAUCCCAUCCUGAAUCCCGAUGAAAGUGAUGCGGAACUCGAGGAAAAAGGACAGCAGGCGGUGCAGGUUUUCGACGAACAGGCUGUGGAUCUGCCGGACGAGCAGCCAAUGGAUGUGCAAAACCGUCUGCUGGCCAUCAGGUUCUUUAAUCUCAUGUUGGGGAAGCUCUGGCGCCGUCGCAGAGCCGAAGUCUGCGAACUUCACACCCUGGUACGCAAGUACCAGGCUCACGCCGCUCGCACCCAAACCGAGCUCUUCACCCGGAACCAAAUGAUCUGCUUGGAGCAGCGUCGCGGCGAACAGCUGAGCCACCAGCUGAAGAGGGCCAUCAGUCGCGCCCGCGUCUCCAUGGAGAGCUGCACCGAACUGGACAAGGAACUGAAGCAGUCGCGCACCCGGGAGGCCGCGCUGCACCAGGAACUGGCCGCCAAGUCGCAGGAGUGCGAGUACUGCUCCGAGAUGCUGAGCGCCUGCCGCUCCGAGAUGUUCCGCGAGCUGGCCAAGUACCGGGAGGGAGCCACCGAGUUGGCCAAACAGCAGAGGCGAGCCCUCGAACUGGAGCGCGAGAAUGCCCAACUGGAGGACCAGCUGCUCACCAUAAAGGAUAGGUUUCUGCUGCAGCACGACCAGAUGUCGGUGGCCCUGGGCGAGAAGCAGCAGCAGCUGGACAGCGCCUACGAGACCCUGAAGCAAUGCGAGCAGGAACUGGCCAAGCUGGAGUUGAAGUACAACGAGGCCCUGCGUCAGAACGAGAUCGAUGUGGAGUUGCAGAAGGAGAUCUCGAGGCUGAAGAGGAACAUGGGCGUGGCCAGCUGCCUGAUCUUCUACCUGUCGGCCCACAAGUGGGGCAGCUUCCAGGGUUGCCUCUACCACCUGGUGGCCGGAGCCCUCGACUGCCUGGCGCCCUCGUUUUCCACUCCCCCGAUGGCGGACAACACGCUCCGCAUCACGCUGGCCGCCGUCUUCCUGCUCUUUGCCAUGCACUAAAUUGACCCGAUGAAGCGAUACGGACACCGAACGGACACUUUUAGGGUUGCCAGGGUUGACCAAGUGUCCGAUAGUCGGGCAAUGGGGCUGCGGGAUCUCGUGAGAACAUUUAGGACACGCGAACACAAAUUUGUUGCACACGCAUAUUAGAUGUAUUUUCGUUUUUUUUUUAAUUCGUCGCAGUAUAUCUCUAAAAAAAAUUAAAAUAAAAAUUUUCCCCUAGCCUCAGA